UCUGUGCCCGGACUUGUAGAUUGUACCGUCGGUCGGGUCUUUGUUAGUUAGCAAGUAGGACUGGAGCCGGAUCAAUGCACUAACCAAGAAGAAAAUGAUCAUCUGUGCAAAAAAUAUGGACUUCCCUCUAGGAAACCAGUGCCAGCGACUCCAGACUCAGGUGGUAAAGGUGAGUUCGGAGAAGGAGCGCCCGCAGCUGCUGUUCGUGAAGGCUCUGGCCAGCAGGGGGCGCCUGGACUCGGUCACCCAGCAGAUGGGCUACCACCCGCAGUACCUGGAUAGCUUCCUGCGCACCCAGCACUACAUCCUGCACAUGGACGGGCCGCUGCCCUUCCACUACCGCCACUACAUCGCCAUCAUGGCUGCAGCCCGUCAUCACUGCCGGUAUCUAGUCUCUCUGCACUCCGCCCAGUUCCUGCGAGUGGGAGGCGACCCCGCGUGGCUCCAGGGCCUGGACUCCGCCCCCCAGCGCCUGCGCAACCUUCACGAGAUCAACAAGGUGCUGGCUCACCGGCCUUGGCUCGUCGCCCGGGAGCACAUUGAGUCCCUCUUGAAGAUUGGGGAGCAGUGCUGGUCAAUGGCAGAGCUGGUCCAGGCAGUGGUGUUACUGGCUCACUGCCACGCUCUGGCCAGCUUCGUGUUUGGGGUGGGGAUAGAGCAGGACCCCCCCGUCCCAGGGACCCCCGGGAACCCCAACCUCGGCAGCUACUGCUUCUGCGACACGGCCAACGGCAACGCAGCCUGCACCCCUGAGAACCUGCGCUCCCACCGCCGCAGGUCCCUGGACUCGAGCUGCGAGGCGGGAGCCCUGCGAGACAGGAUGCAGAGGCUGCAGGGAGAGAAGGAGCGACGAGGGGAGCGUAAGAUCACAGCGCAGGGGGACCAGGAGGAAGAUCUGGAGGAGAAGCCGCCCCGUCCCACUGACCUGUCCUGCUUCCUGUCGGACCCCGAGUUCAGAUACCAGGAGUUCACACGGCGCAAUGAGGACCACUUCCAGGUGUUCAGGGUCCAGGAUUACUCCUGGGAGGAUCACGGCUUCUCUCUGGUGAACCGGCUCUACUCGGACAUCGGCCACCUGCUGGACGAGCGCUUCCGUACAGUGACCAGCCUGCAGAACGGCCUCCUGGGAGAGGGGCAGGGCUCCGACCUGAAGAGAGCCGUCUGGAACUACAUCCACUGCAUGUUUGGCAUCAGCUAUGAUGACUAUGACUACGGAGAGGUGAACCACUUGCUGGAGAGGAGUCUGAAGCUGUACAUCAAGACCGUGACCUGCCACCCAGAGAAAACCAAAUCCCAGCUUCUCCACUGCUGCUGGAAACAGCUGAAGCAGGCUGAGAAGGUCCAUGUGAACCUGCUCAUCAUGGAGGCCAGGAUGCAAGCGGAACUUCUGUAUGCACUUCGGGCAAUAACCCAGCACAUGACUGCAUAGACUGGAGAGAGGGAGGGAGGGAGGGAGGGAGGGAGUGUGCAGGAGAGUACGAUGAGAGAGAGAGCGAGUGUGCAGGAGAGUACGAUGAGAGAGAGAGAGAGCGAGUGUGCAGGAGAGUACGAUGAGAGAGAGAGCGAGUGUGCAGGAGAGUACGAUGAGAGAGAGAGAGCGAGUGUGCAGGAGAGUACGAUGAGAGAGAGAGCGAGUGUGCAGGAGAGUACGAUGAGAGAGAGAGAGAGCGAGUGUGCAGGAGAGUACGAUGAGAGAGAGAGCGAGUGUGCAGGAGAGUACGAUGAGAGAGAGAGAGCGAGUGUGCAGGAGAGUACGAUGAGAGAGAGUGAGUGUGCAGGAGAGUACGAUGAGAGAGAGUGAGUGUGCAGGAGAGUACGAUGAGAGAGAGUGAGUGUGCAGGAGAGUACGAUGAGAGAGAGAGAGAGUGUGCAGGAGAGUACGAUGAGAGAGAGUGAGUGUGCAGGAGAGUACGAUGAGAGAGAGAGAGAGUGUGCAGGAGAGUACGAUGAGAGAGAGAGAGAGCGAGUGUGCAGGAGAGUACGAUGAGAGAGAGAGAGAGCGAGUGUGCAGGAGAGUACGAUGAGAGAGAGAGAGCGAGUGUGCAGGAGAGUACGAUGAGAGAGAGAGAGCGAGUGUGCAGGACUGGUCUGUCUCCACAUCACAACUGGACACAGAUCAUACUUGAAUCGUGGAAGGGGCCUUUUUUUUUUUUUUGAAUUCUCUUCGCUUGAUACUUUUUUAUUUCUCGACACUUCUUAAUUUGUUUUUGUUUUUAGCCGUGGAUGCAGUGCCGCGGCAGUUAAUGUGCAAUUGUUGUUAUUGUUAUUGUUAUUAAUAAUAUUAUUAUAAUCUAGACUGUGAGGCAAAACGAGCAUUGGGACUGAAGCGUGUGGGUCAAACCGGGCUGCACGAACUGGUAUUUAGUUUUCUUUUUUAGUUUUUUUAAUUUGAGUUUGACUUUCAUAUUUUGUUCUUGUUGUCUAAAGGGCAGCUGAAGCUCUGUGUUUUGUCCUUUUUUAAUUAAAAAAAAAAAAAAAUUCAACGCACUGGGGCUUCGCUCAGCAUUUAGAGCCGGCUGAUCAUUCAGGUCUUUAAUCAGAAUAUAUUGUUGGCUGCAAUUGUAACGGUAGGUGCAGAAAACGAAAAUGCACGCCCAAAACCGAGCAACAGACACAAACCAACAAACAUUUCAGGGUGUUUUAAAAAACGCUGAAGGGUGUUAAAAAAAAAUAAAAAAUAACAUGAAGGGGACAGGAGGACUUUAUUUAUAUAUGUAAAGAAACAGAAGAAAAACACUAUGUUAAAAAAAACAGCACUUUUGAAAAAACAAAACAGUUGAUUUUUGUCCUCGUAAAAAAAAAAAAAAAAGAACAAAAGAAAUUGUACAAUCACAACCCCAAUCUGAAUACGUGCCAGCUAGGACAGGGGUGCUCAGUCAGUCCUACACAAUUCAGUUGUUCCAGCUGUUCUGUCUGGUUGCUCGGCUGCAGUUUUCAUUUAGACUGGGAUGUGUUCCGAUAAAUGGCUUCCCACUGCGGCACAACCCUGAGCGUCUUGGUUCCUCCCUGGCCUGGCUCUGUUGUGUGCGUUCGUGGUGCACCAGGGAGUUGAAGCCGUCCUUGUAUGUGCUUCAGAAGUCCUGCUUCAGUUGAGCUUGACGUUUCUGUUGGGCUGUGAUUGCAAUGGGAGUGAACAGGUACUAUAGAUAACUGAUAACGAGACAUGUGAAACUUCAGUUUGCUGAUUGGUCUGAAAGAUGUCAUUGUGAGGUGCACAGAGAGGCUUUCAUGAGGACUGGGAGGUAAAAGGUUCAAACAUCAGAACACAGCCUUGGACAGAAGAGCUGGACAUAUUAAAAUCAAACAUUAAAUGAAACAUUUAGGAAGAGUGGGAGGGGGAGAUCAAGGUACGAUGCACAUGUCAUUAAAUAUAGUUUUCUAUAAUUCUGUUGUUUUUUUUUUGUGCUGCUAAAUUCCAUCUACUGUGUUGUACCCUGAAUAUUUCAGAAGCAGUAGCUUUGGAAGGCCUUUAUGGUCAUGUUGUUUAAAAAAACAAAAAAAAAAGAUGUAUGUUAUGUUAUGUAUGUAAGUAUUGUAUGUAUCUUCGGUCUGAAUGAUCCAAGACAUUUGAGGAUCAGUAGAAGCCGGUCAGGCCCCAGUGCUAGUGCCUCUCUAGCGGGACGGCCCGGGUUCUGUGUGCUGUACACUCGCUGUGCUCACCGCUCGCUCCCUGAGCUCUGGAGAGGGCAGGAUGGCACCCCAGCAGUAUUAUCUCAUUAAGAACAGCACACAGUGCUGCUGAAACUCAAAGCAGUGGACUUUCACUUCGGACUCAACUGAAUUUGACCGAUUUAUCGCGGCACCACAACACAGCGUUGGUGCUGAACGAUUCAACAGCACUCCCUCAAUUCACUGGAUUGGAGGCCUCUGGUUGGCUGGCUGAUCUUCACUCUUUGGCCAAUCGGGAGGUCUGUCCCGGUGACAUCACAAUGCAGACCCACUCCAGCACCUUCCCAGAAAACAGAACAAAGCUCCAUGGACCCAGGACUCAGAGGGGAUAGACACGCCCCUUUAUCAACAGUGAACAAGUCCUGUCCCCCUCCCAUAAAGACAAGCUUCAGCGGCCUGUCCCACUUCAACACAAAGCAGCCCCCCGGAACACUUUGACUUUGCCCCCACCUCGUUUGUGAAGGCGCCGGGACUGAGAGUCAGAGAAGCAGUGCAUGACUACAGCCUCUGAGUUCAAUAUUUACCACGUAAAUGUAUGGACAAAAACUGAAUCCGAGCAAACAAACAAACAAACGAAAAAAAACAAAAAAAGUUGUUUUUGGAAAAGAAAGAGACUUAUUUUUUCUAUAAAGAUAAAUAUGUUUGACAUGUUCCA